AUGGCAUACCUGAAAUCAAGAUACAAAAAUGACAUUAUUAGUCUGUGCAUGCUUCUGCUGUGCUUGGGUUGUGUGGAGUCCAAGGAUGGUGAUGGUGAAGCUGCAUACAUGUUGAAGCUUAUGAAUGCACUCAAACCCCCUGGCUGGUCCAACACCACCCACAUGUGCCAGUGGACCGGCGUGACUUGCAACGAUCAAAGUGGAAGGAUUGAAGUGAUCUAUCUCGGUUCAAUGUCGCUGACCGGAACAGUUCCUACAGGCCUCAACGACUCCCUCUCCCACCUCACAUCCCUCUAUCUCUUCAACAAUAAUCUGAGUGGGCCUGUUCCCUCUCUCGCCAACCUCUCCUUCCUCCAAGACAUAUACCUCGGCUUCAACAACUUCACCUCCAUCCCUCAUGGUUGCUUCCAUGGUCUAACUAGUUUGCAGUUCUUAAGCUUGAGAAACAAUACCAACCUCCCACCAUGGAACUUUCCUACCGAUUUGACUGCUCACUCCUCCCAACUCCACCUCAAUCUUACUGCUACAAAUGUCAUGGGCUCUCUACCAGAAAUAUUUCACUCCUUGCCAAGUUUGGAGACUGUUCUUCUUUCCAACAACAACCUCAGCGGUGUCUUGCCAGAGUCUUUCGGAGGGACCAAGAUUGCCACCUUGCAUCUCAAUAACCAGAAGGGUAACGGGUUUUCGGGUCCCAUUGAUGUCCUUUCAAACAUGCUCGACUUAUUUCAAGUCUGGCUUCAAGGGAACUCGUUUACAGGACCUAUUCCUGACAUGUCUCGUUGCACUGCUUUACAAGAUUUACAACUUGGUCACAAUCAAUUAACAGGUGUGGUUCCAGAUUCGCUCAUCGCUCUUCAAAAAUUGGGAUAUCUUUAUUUGGGCUAUAACUUUUUGCAAGGUCCUCUACCAAAUCUUACCUUGAGUGGUUUUGAUAGUAUGGAGAAUCUUGGUGCUAACACCACAAAUGGCUUCUGUCACAAAGAUCCUGGACCUUGUGAUCACAAAGUGACCAUUUUGCUUCAAAUUGCUGCGGAAUUUAAGUAUCCAAUUUUGUUGGCACGUACAUGGAAAGGAAAUAAUGCCUGUAAAGGUUGGCGUUUCAUUACUUGUGAUGACAAAAAUAAAAUCAGAAUGGUGAAUUUAUCAAAUCUGAAGUUGACGGGCACAAUCUCACCUGCAUUCGCCAAUUUAACUGAUUUGCGGGAAUUGUAUUUGGAUGGGAAUAAUUUGACGGGUGAAAUACCUGAGGGAUUGACAACAUUGCCUGAACUUGAAGUUGUGAAUGUCUCUAACAACCACCUUGCUGGAAAUAUUCCCAAAUUCUCACCAAAGGUCAACUUUGUUGCCACAGACAAUGAUUUUCCUAAUGCUUCCAACAAUAGAAUCUCAACUCCUUUGAUUACAGUUAUAUCGAUAGCUAGUGCUGGAGUUAUUAUAAUAAUCCUUGUUCUGGUUAUUUACAACAACAAGAGGUGUCUUGAUUUAAUCUAUGGGGUUAUCUUCAAGACAACAUACAAUGAUCACCACGUCGAGGAUUUUAUAAAAGGUUAUGAAUUUUUGGCACCAAAGCGAUGUAGUUAUUCCGAAGUGAAAAGAAUGACAAAUUCAUUUCGUGAUAAACUUGGACAAGGUGGAUAUGGCACUGUAUACAAAGCAAGUUUAACUAAUGGUCGUCAAGUUGCAGUGAAAAUAUUAACUGAGUCUAAGGGAAGUGGAGAAGAAUUCAUAAAUGAAGUUGCUAGUAUUAGUAGGACAUCUCAUGUGAAUAUUGUCUCACUUUUAGGAUUUUGUUAUGAUCAAGGCAAAAGAGCACUUAUUUAUGAAUUCAUGUCUAAUGGUUCUCUAGAUAGAUACAUCCACAAAGCAGAAUCUUCUAAGGCUUUUUGUAGUUUGGAUUGGAGUAUUUUGCAUAAAAUUGCAAUUGGUAUUGCUCAAGGGUUAGAAUACUUGCAUCAAGGAUGUACAACAAAAAUUUUGCAUCUUGAUAUAAAACCUGAAAAUAUUCUUCUAGAUGAACAUUUCUGUCCAAAAAUAUCAGAUUUUGGACUAGCUCGAAUCUGUCAAAAGAAAGAGAGUAAUGUAUCUAUUUUAGGCACAAGAGGAACUCCAGGUUACAUUGCACCAGAAAUCUUUAGUCGCGCAUAUGGGAGAAUUUCUGAUAAAUCUGAUGUAUAUAGUUAUGGUAUGUUGAUUCUUGAGAUGUUUGGAAAAAGAAACAACUUCAACAGUAAAGAAUCACAUCGCAGUGAAAUGUAUUUUCCUGAUUGGAUAUAUGAGGAUCUUGACCAAGGUAAUAUUCUUGGUAGCCAUUCCAAUAUCUCAGAUGAAGAUAAUGAUAUGAUAAAGAAGAUUAUAUUAGUUAGUUUGUGGUGUAUUCAACCAAAUCCAUCACAAAGACCAUCAAUGAGUAAAGUUGUGGAAAUGUUACAUGGAGAACUUGAGUCCGUGCCAUUUCCUCCAAAGCCUGGGUUGUAUUGUCCUGAAAGGUCUUUGAUAAAAACUUUAGAUAUAUCUGCCGGUAGUAAACAUGAGACAAUUUCAAUAACUACAGAGGAGAGUAGUUUUACACAUGAGAUCAAUAAAAAUGUCUCAUGUUAA